CACUAUUGCUCUCGCUCCUUCUCCUUCUCCUUCUCUCUCUCCUGCUCUCUCUCCCUCUCCCCCUCUAGACUCAAAGAAAAUCCGCCUACUACCUAUUGAAGGUGUACCGAAAAUUCCUUCUGCCUUGCUUCACGUGGCCCUUUCUUCCGUGCCCGUUUUUGUCACUCCGCACAGCCUCCGCUCAAACACAACUUGUCGUCAAAAUGAAGAAGAAAUGCGGCGUUUGCAAAACCAAUGAGGCCAAAUACAAGUGUCCAACCUGCGUGCUACCAUUCUGUUCCGUCGCCUGCAACCGCACGCACAAGCAAACGCCUUGCUCCGCCCCGCCCUCCGCUCCAACCAAAUUCCCUGCGCGCGCAAACGCAGCAAACCCCCCUUCAGAAGAGCUCCUCCUCACCGCAGAGCAACUGGCAAUCCUCGACACCGACCCCGAGGUGA